UGAUGUAUAAAAUUACAUCGUGCGGACUGCUGGGUAUAUCUAAUAUUGGAUCAUGUGAACUCAGCAGUUGUUUUCCGAUGAAUACAUUGAGCCAUUGACUUUAAAGCCAGAGUGUUCUAUACGUUGACAAGUAAACUAUCUGACAAUUAGUCUGACGUUAUAUUUAGCCAUGUAUUCUCAAACAAAGAGAGGAAAAAAUAUAAUUUGUGAUGUGAUAGAUUUUAUUUCGUUGGAAAUGUUGGACUAACUAUUUCAUAACAAAUAUUAUUGAAACUAUUUCUUGAUGGUGAUGAGCUUUACAUUUUUAAGUGAUAAUGGUUCAUCAAACCAGGUAGAAUGUUCGACGCCAACUUGGGGUUAUAGUUAUUUAGCAGGGCAAGUGAUUGGAUAUUGUUUAGCAUUCGUCCCGGUGCUUGAUAUAACUAUAAAUAUUAUAACAUUAGCAUACACUAUACGUGCACCGAAAUUAAAAGCUAACACACGGUUGUUUCUAUGUUCGUUGAUGAUCUGUAACACAUUCUCCGGAGUGUUCGUACUUCCGGUCAAGUUGUUUGGAAUGAUAGCAGUGGAGCUGGAAAUACCUGGUCAAUUAAUAGUCUUACUCUGUGAUCUCGGCAACAGUUUUGAUGGCAUGCUCCGCACAAGCUCUAUAUUUCAUCUUUCUGCGUUGGCUUUCGAUGAAUAUAUCUCUAUUUGCCGACCAUUUAGACGAAGUUACUGGUUAAACCGGAAGUUCAAUACGAUACUAUUUGUCGGAUGUUGGAUAAUUCCAGCUAUUUUGUCUUUUUGUUUUAUUCCUCCGAAAAUUCAUAUUAAAGGGAUUGAACAACAAAUGGAAUGUUUAUUUCAACGAACAAAGAUGUGCCAAUUUAUUUCAAAUAAGCCAUACGCCUUUGCAACAACAGGUAUAUGUUAUAUUGUGCCGACAGCGUUCAUUUUGAUUUGCAAUGCAUGUACAAAGUCAUCUGAUAAAAAACGGGAACAAAUGUUUUAUAGACUUGUACAGAUCAACACGAAGAGACGCAGUUUGAACAGGAGAUAUUUUGGUUAUGUGAAAUGGCAUAUCAAAUUGGUGGAAUCCGUCUGA